UUUUAGUUGUUAUUCACUCAUACGUAAAGACUAGCUUAAAACAUUUGUUGGAGAUUGCACCAAGAUGGGGGUUGACUAGCAAGCAUUUUGAUUAUAGUUAAACGUUUUCCCUCUAGCCAGCUAACGUUGUCGCUGGCACGUUAAUUCACGGACCGGUAAAUUGGUGGUACUUCUUUUAAACUAGUUAACGUUAGAUAUCACUUUGUAGUUGUACAGCACAUAACAAGGAAGAUGGGGUCGUCGAAGAAACAUAAGGAGAAAGGGCGUGAUAAGGAUGCAGAAAGAGCGUCACCGCGAACACAAAAACACCGUCACAAGGAGAGAGACAAGGAACGAAAUGUCACCCGAGAGAGGGAGAAGAGGAAACGGUCCAGAUCGAAGGAAAGGAGCGGACGGGGUUCCGAGAGAGAAGGUCGCAGUAAAGGCGAAAGGAGUGCUGGGGAGCCUCGCGUAAAGAAAGAAAAAGUGGAGGCCGGAUAUCAAGAGAGUCCAGGAAUUGGACCACAGUCUGCAAGUGGAGAUGCCUCACUUAGCAUUGAAGAGACAAAGUAAGUGACAGACAU